UAUCACCACCAUCUUCUAUUCCAGCUUCCAUUGCCAUGAAGAAUACAUCAGCUCUGGCCUUACUGGCCCUGGUCGCAUCUACCUGGGCUUUUUGUGCUGCUGGUAAUCAAAUAAAAGGGACAGAGGUUAACUGCCCCAGGCCCUCUAUCAAGGGCAAGGUUAUGUGUCAGAAGGACUAUCAACCAAUCUGUGGUACUGAUCAGAUAACUUAUGAAAAUGAAUGUUUACUCUGUGCCUCUAACUUGGAAAAAGGUUUGAAGAUCAGAAAACUGCAUGAUGGAAAAUGUGUUAAAUGCCCAAAAGAAGAACAGAUCAUUUGCACUUUAGAAUACCACCCACAUUGUGGCUCUGAUGGACAAAUAUAUUCCAACAGAUGUCUCUUCUGCAAUGCUGUUGUGAAAAGCCGGGGUAAGCUGGCAUUACAGCAAUAUGGAUUGUGCUGAAGAUGAUGGCAACACAUUUCUUUCUACAAGAAACUUCCUUGUUGGGACCCUAUAUAUUAUCUUUAGAGCAUCCCUCACUUGAGUAGACUGUGGUCCCUCUUCACUUUAGCUUUG